UUUGUCUCUUGCUGCGGCCGGAGUUCCUGGUCUCGUCUGCGAUGUUUUGUGUCUUCUGCUGUUAGAGGCCCAGCUUCUGUGGCCCUGUGACCUGCAGGUACUGGAAAUCCACAGCUAAGAUGCCAGGACCCCCUGGAAGCCUAGAAAUGGGAGUGUUGACAUUUAGGGAUGUGGCCAUAGAAUUCUCUCUGGAGGAGUGGCAAUGCCUGGAUAUCACACAGCAGAAUUUAUAUAGGAAUGUGAUGUUAGAGAACUACAGAAACCUGGUCUUCGUGGGUAUUGCUGCCUCUAAGCCAGACCUGAUCACCUAUCUGGAGCAAGGAAAAGAACCUUGGAAUGUGAAGAGACAUGAGAUGGUAGCUGAACCCCCAGUUGUAUGUUCUUAUUUUGCCCAAGACCUUUGGCCAAAGCAGGGCAAAAAAAAUUAUUUCCAAAAAGUGAUACUGAGAAGAUAUAAAAAAUGUGGACGUGAAAAUUUACAGCUAAGAAAAUACUGUAAAAGCGUGGAUGAAUGUAAGGUGCACAAAGAAUGUUACAAUGGAAUUAACCAGUGUUUGACAACUACCCAGAACAAAAUAUUUCAAUGCGACAAAUAUGUGAAAGUCUUUCAUAAAUUUUCAAAUUCAAACAGACAUAAGAUAAGACAUACUGGAAAGAAAUCUUUCAAAUAUAAAGAAUGUGAAAAGUCAUUUUGCAUGCUUUCACACUUAGCUCAACAUAAAAGAAUUCAUAGUGGAGAGAAACCCUACAAAUGUAAAGAAUGUGGGAAAGCCUAUAAUGGGGCCUCAAACCUUUCUACACAUAAAAGAAUUCAUACUGGAAAGAAACCCUACAAAUGUGAAGAGUGUGGAAAAGCCUUUAACCGGCUCUCACACCUUACUACACAUAAGAUAAUUCAUACUGGAAAGAAACCCUACAAAUGUGAGGAGUGUGGCAAAGCUUUUAACCAAUCUGCAAACCUUACUACACAUAAGAGAAUUCAUACUGGAGAGAAACCCUACAAAUGUGAAGAAUGUGGCAGAGCUUUUAGCCAGUCCUCAACCCUUACUGCACAUAAGAUAAUUCAUGCUGGAGAGAAACCCUACAAAUGUGAAGAAUGUGGCAAAGCUUUUAGCCAGUCCUCAACCCUUACUACACAUAAGAUAAUUCAUACUGGAGAGAAAUUCUACAAAUGUGAAGAAUGUGGCAAGGCCUUUAGCCGGUUCUCACAUCUUACUACACAUAAGAGAAUUCAUUCUGGAGAGAAACCCUACAAAUGUGAAGAAUGUGGCAAAGCUUUUAAACAAUCCUCAACCCUUACUACACAUAGGAGAAUUCAUUCUGGAGAGAAAUUCUACAAAUGUGAAGUAUGUAGCAAAGCCUUUAGCCGGUUCUCACACCUUACUACACAUAAGAGAAUUCAUACUGGAGAGAAGCCCUACAAAUGUGAAGAAUGUGGCAAAGCUUUUAACCUAUCGUCACAACUUACUACACAUAAGCGAAUUCAUACUGGAGAGAAACCCUACAAAUGUGAAGAAUGUGGCAAAGCUUUUAACCAGUCCUCAACUCUUUGUAAACAUAAGGUAAUUCAUACUGGAGAGAAGCCCUACAAAUGUGAAGAAUGUGGCAAAGCUUUUAACCAGUCCUCACACCUUACUGCACAUAAGAUAAUUCAUACUGGAGAGAAACCCUACAAGUGUGAAGAAUGUGGCAAAGCCUUUAACAACUCCUCUAUUCUUAACAGACAUAAGAUGAUUCAUACUGGAGAGAAACUCUACAAACCUGAAAUUUGUAACAAUGCUUGUGAUAACAUUGCAAACAUUUCCAAACAUAAAAGAAAUUGUAAGGUAAUUCAUUCUGGAGAAAACUUCUACAAGUGUGAACAAUGUGGCAAAACUUACACUGAAUGUUCAAAUUCAAACAGACAUAAGAUAAGGCAUACUGGAAAGAAACUUUUGAAAUGUAAAGAAUAUGUCAGAUUAUUUUGCAUGCUUUCACACCUAUCUCAACAUAAAAGAAUUUACACUAGAGAGAAUUCCUACAAAUGUGAAGAAAAUGGCAAAGCUUUUAACUGGCCCUCAGUCCUUACUAAACAUAAGAUAAUUCAUACUGGAGAGAAACCCUACAAAUGUGAAGAAUGUGGCAAAGCCUUCAGCUGGUCCUCAAGCCUUACUGAACACAAGAGAAUUCAUACUGGAGAGAAACCCUACAAAUGUGAAGAAUGUGGCAAAGCCUUUAAGUCAUCUUCAACCUUUAGUUAUCAUAAGAAAAUUCAUACUGGAGAGAAACCCUACAAAUGUGAAGAAUGUGGCAAAGCCUUUAGUAAGGUCUCAACUCUUAAUAAACAUAAGGCAAUUCAUGCUGAAGAGAAGCCCUACAAAUGUGAAGAAUGUGGCAAAGGUUUCAACUCAUCCUCAAAGCUUAUGGAACAUAAGAGAAUUCAUACUGGAGAGAAACCCUACAAAUGUGAAGAAUGUGGCAAAGCCUUCAGGUGGUCCUCAAGCCUUACUGAACACAAGAGAAUUCAUACUGGAGAGAAACCCUACAAAUGUGAAGAAUGUGGGAAAGCUUUUAAUCGAUCCUCGAUCCUUACUAAACAUAAGAUAAUUCAUACUGGAGAGAAUCCCUACAAAUGUGAAGAAUGUGGCAAAGCCUUUAGUAAGGUCUCAACCCUUAAUACACAUAAGGCAAUUCAUGCUGAAGAGAAGCCCUACAAAUGUGAAGAAUGUGGCAAAGCUUUCAACUCAUCCUCAAAGCUUAUGGAACAUAAGAGAAUUCAUACUGGAGAGAAACCCUACAAAUGUGAAGAAUGUAGCAAAGCCUUCAACUGGUCCUCAAGCCUUACUGAACACAAGAGAAUUCAUACUGGAGAGAAACCCUACAAAUGUGAAGAAUGUGGCAAAGCUUUUAAUCGAUCCUCAACCCUUACUAAACAUAAGAUAAUUCAUGCUAGAGAGAAACCCUACAAAUGUGAAGAAUGUGGCAAAGCCUUUAGUAAGGUCUCAACCCUUAAUACACAUAAGGCAAUUCACACUGAAGAGAAGCCCUACAAAUGUGAAGAAUGUGGCAAAGCUUUCAACUCAUCCUCAAAGCUUAUGGAACAUAAGAGAAUUCAUACUGGAGAGAAACCCUACAAAUGUGAAGAAUGUGGCAAAGCCUUCAGGUGGUCCUCAAGCCUUACUGAACACAAGAGAAUUCAUGCUGGAGAGAAAACCUACAAAUGUGAAGAAUGUGGCAAAGCUUUUAAUCGAUCCUCGAUCCUUACUAAACAUAAGAUAAUUCAUACUGGAGAGAAUCCCUACAAAUGUGAAGAAUGUGGCAAAGCCUUUAGUAAGGUCUCAAACCUUAAUACACAUAAGGCAAUUCAUGCUGAAGAGAAGCCCUACAAAUGUGAAGAAUGUGGCAAAGCUUUCAACUCGUCCUCAAGGCUUAUGGAACAUAAGAGAAUUCAUACUGGAGAGAAACCCUACAAAUGUGAAGAAUGUGGCAAAGCCUUCAGCUGGUCCUCAAGCCUUACUGAACACAAGAGAAUUCAUGCUGGAGAGAAACCCUACAAAUGUGAAGAAUGUGGCAAAGCCUUCACCUGGUCCUCAGGCUUUACUAAACACAAGAGAAUUCAUGCUGCAGAGAAGCCCUACAAAUGUGAAGAAUGUGGCAAAGGGUUUAGUACGUUCUCAAUCCUUACUAAACAUAAGGUAAUUCAUACUGGAGAGAAACCCUACAAAUGUGAAGAAUGUGGCAAAGCCUUCAGCUGGUCCUCAAUCCUUACUGAACAUAAGAUAAUUCAUACUGGAGAGAAACCCUACAAAUGUGAAGAAUGUGGCAAAGCCUUCAGCAGGUCCUCAAGCCUUACUAGACACAAGAGAAUUCAUACUGGUGAGAAACCCUACAAAUGUAAAGAAUGUGGCAAAGCCUUUAAGUCAUCCUCAACCAUUAGUUAUCAUAAGAAAAUUCAUACUGGAGAGAAUCCCUAAAAAUGUGAAGAAUGUGGCAAAGUCUUCAGCUGGUUCUCAGUCUUUAGUAAACAUAAGAAAAUUCAUGCUGGAGAUAAAUUCUACAAAUGUGAAGAAUGUGGCAAACCUUUUAACAGUCCUCAACCUUUAUUACAUGUAAGAAAAUUCAUGCUGGAGAGAAACACUACAAAUGUGAAGGAUGUCGCAAAGGCUUCAACUGGUCCUCAAACCUUAUGGAACAUAAGAGAAUUCAUGCUGGAGAGAAACCCUGCAAAUGUGAAGAAUGUGAUAAAGACUUCAACUGGUCCUCACACCUUACUACUCAUAAAAGAAUUCAUACUGGAGGAAAAAUCCUACAAAUGUGAAAAAUGUGGCAAAGCUUUUCAUUAGUUCUCAACCCUUACUGAACAUAAGGGAAUUUAUACUGGAGGGAAACCCUACAAAUGUGAAGAAUGUGGCAAGCCUUUUAACUGUUCCUCAAUCCUUACUAAACAUAAGGUAAUUCAUAUGGGAAGGAAUUCCUACAAUUGUGUGGAAUGUGGCAAAGGCUCUAACCAGUCCUUAAGGCUUACUACAUAUAAGACAACUCAUACUGGAGAGAAACCCUACACAUGUGAAGAAUAUGGGAAAGCCUCUAACAGAUCCUCAAUUCUUAAGAGACAUAAGCUAAUUCAUACACGAGAGAGACUUUAUAAACCUGAAAGAUGUGACAAUGCUUUUGGAAAUACCUCAGACUUUUCUGAAUAUAAAAGAAAUCGUACGGAUGGGAAAUCCUAGAAAUGUGAAGAAUGUGACAAAGCCUUUAAAUGGCUGUCACACUUGAUCGUAGGUAAGAUAACUCAUACUGGAGAAAACUACUAGAAUAAACAAUGUGGCAAACAUUUAACCAAUGCUCAUGCCUUAUUGCAAAGGAAAGCAUUUACACUAGCCUGGGCAACAGAGACAGACUGUGUAUGGGAAAAAAAAAAUUGUGAAUGUCACUAAUAUCUUCUCACAUCUUAUUCAACAUCAGAGAGUUCAUACUAAAUAAAAGUAUUAAAAGUGCAA